GGUCUCCGCUCGAUGAGCUGCUGGACGGGGGACUCGCGCGCGCUGGGCGUGCUGCUGGGCUUCCAGCGCGAGAUCCGCGCGUUCGUGUCGUCCGCGGACCAGAGCAGCUUGUCCAGGGCCUCGUGGUGGCUUUAUCACUCCGCUACUGGAGCAGCUGAAGACGUUGGCAGCGCCUCGUGGCCAACGGACGAGCAGCUCAGCGCUCUGGCGCAACGCCUGCACGCUCGACUGGCGAGGGCUGGUGGUGGUGGUGGCAGGAAGAAGACGAAGCUGCGUCUGGCGGUGGCUCAAGUGCGCGUGCUGCUUCGAGACCUGCUGCUCGUGGCGUCCGGCCUGCGAGCGUCGUGUCUGGUGGACUGCUGCGCGCUGACCAAGGAGCUGGCGGAGCUCCUACUGAUCGGGUUACUAGAAGAGCCCCAGUGCCGAUGGACUGCAGCGCAGCGAGUGCGCGCCGUGCUGCUGGACGGGAACGUCUUCUUCGUCAACGUCGACGCCUUCGUGUCCGAGAAGAUGGUCGAGCUGGCGACUGAGCUGCAGCAGCAGCUGUACGUCGACGUGAGCGCCAGUCUCGCGCAGCCCAAGCUCAUCAACAGACACAGCUCCGAGGCCGAAGCUUCAAGGCUGCUGGCGUUCGCUGAAUGGACUGCCACAGCCUGCAGAGAGCUGCUCCGCUCAACCACCGGCCAGGCGCUGGUACUAGAGUGGAGGCGGCCAUCAAGUCUCAACGCGACCGCAUUGGCCGGCAUCCUGCUGUGCUACCCGUGCGUGUACGACGUCCUGGCGGGCAAGGACUCGCACGCCACCGACACCGACGACGGGUGGGGCGAGCAGGAGAACUGCCUCGCCCUGUGUCCGCUCGUGGUGCUGCAGACCGCAGCGCUCGUGUGCAUGUACGUAAUAACGUUCAGCUGCGUGUUCCGCUCCAUCUCGAUCUCUCUCUUUCUCUCUCUUCUGACCAUCGUUGUCGUCUGGCGCAGGCCGCAGCAGCAGCAGCAGCUGGAAAUCGCGCUGCUCGAUUUCUCCGUGCCUCGGCAUCUGCUGGACGCCCGCAGCCGCUUCAACGAGCGGCUCCUCGACAAAGUUGACGCGAUGAACCGUCCGCCGCUGGCGAAGCUGCUGCUCGCGCGCUGCAGCCUGAAGCUGCGCCGCGCGAUUGAACGAAGCGCAUUGCUGUCCGCCGGUGUCCAGCCUCAAGUACGUGGCCACACCCGCUCGCUGCCCCGCGUCGCGCUGUAA